CGCGGUUUCCGCUUACGUUCUUCUUCCUUUACGGCCAGGCAAGGCGAGCAAGCUGCCUGGUGAGAAUUGCGUUGAUACGCAGAAAGUGGUAAAAAAGCCACGAAAAUGUCGCUCUCAACAGCGCGACCUCUCGUUUCAGUGUACUCUGAGAAGAGUGAGGCAACUGAGGAGACGGUGUCUCUGCCCUCAGUCUUCAAAGCACCAAUUCGUCCCGAUGUCGUGAACUUCGUUCACCAGCAGGUGUCCAAGAACAGCAGGCAGGCAUACUGCGUGUCCAAGGAGGCUGGUCAUCAAACCUCCGCCGAAUCAUGGGGUACUGGACGUGCUGUCGCUCGUAUUCCACGUGUACGUGGUGGUGGUACUCAUCGCUCCGGACAGGGAGCCUUUGGAAACAUGUGUCGUGGUGGACGCAUGUUCGCACCAACUAAACCAUACAGACGCUGGCAUCGUCGUGUCAAUGUCAACCAGAAGCGUUAUGCCAUUGUCUCGGCUAUCGCUGCCUCUGGAGUCCCCGCACUCGUCCAAUCCAAAGGACACAUGAUCCAAGAUGUCCCAGAGUUCCCACUGGUCGUCUCCGACACCAUCCAGGAGUACAAAAAGACCAAACAGGCUGUUGUCUUCCUCCGUCGCAUCAAGGCCUGGAAUGACAUCCAGAAGGUGUACAAGUCCCAGCGUUUCCGUGCUGGUAAGGGUAAGAUGCGUAAUCGUCGUCGCAUUCAGCGUCGUGGACCCCUGAUCGUCUACGGUGCUGACAAGGGUAUUCGCAAGGCCUUCCGCAACAUUCCCGGAGUCGACUUGAUGAACAUCAACAAGAUGAACCUCUUGAAGCUUGCCCCUGGUGGUCACGUCGGUCGUUUCGUCAUCUGGACCAAAUCUGCCUUCGAGAAACUCGACGCCCUGUACGGCACGUGGCGCAAGGAGUCCAAACUCAAGGCUGGGUACAACCUACCCUUCCCCAAGAUGGCCAACACCGAUCUUGCAAGGCUCCUCAAGUCCGACGAGAUUCGCAAAGUCCUCAGGGCGCCAAGGAAGCAGGUCGUUCGUUCAGUCAAGAAACUGAACCCACUCUCCAACACCAGAGCCAUGCUGAAACUCAAUCCUUACGCCGCUGUCCUCAAGAGGUCAGCCAUCCUGACAGCUCGCAGACGUCAGAGAGAGCGUGAGCUCGCAAUUGCUGCCAAGCGUGGUGUGGAGCUGCCAGCAGACUCCCCAGCUGUGAAGACAAAGAAGCUCCUGGAGAGGCGAGGUAAGCAGAUGCUCAAGGCGAAAGCGAGCAAACCGAAAAAGGCCAAGGCCCCCAAGAAAGCAAGUUCAGCUCCAUCGAAAGCAGCCAAGCCAGCUCCAGCAAAGGCACCAGCUGCCCCCAAGGCCGCUGCCAAAGCAGCCCCCAAGAAGUAAAAACAAUCUUGAACAACUGAGAUAAGAAAAUAAAAAAGUUAUACAAAAAACGAUCCAGUUUGUCGGUUCGAUUUAUUUUUACUUUUAAAUAAAACGAGGGAAGAGCA